AGAAAUCAAUUGAAGCGCGGGAGUUUUGACUAUGUUUCCCGCCAACACAAAUCUAAUCAAAUGAAUCAUUUUGCAAUCCCGGAUGUAAUUUCCCGAUUCAUCUCAUCUUUCUCAAAAUUUUCACGAUCCAUUCAUUUUUCACAAACAUUUUAAUAUUGAUUAUCCCAAAUUAAACUUUAACAGGGGUUUUAAGCUUUCUGGAAAACCCUAAUUCCUCCAAACCUGUAAUUAGUCGUCAAUGGAUACUGAAGGAUUGUCAAUUACAUGCGCCGGUUUAGGAUCUGUCGAAAACGACGAAGAUGGAAAUACUGUUUAUGUCAAGGAAGAAUUUUGUUCAGACAAUUUGAAGGAUUUGUUAAGGUAUUUGCGUCGUGACGAUCCGGAAAAUCGAGAGGUGUUCAAACAAGUCUGUAAAUGGGAUAUUGUGUCAAAGGAUUUGAUACCUAUUAUUGAAUUUUGUCAAGAUGAUCGCAAUUUGGUGAUAAAUGCAGUGAAAGUUUUGGUGUUUCUUACUAUGCCUUUGGAAGCCAUGUCCAAGGAUUUCAACGAGCAGCUAGAAUUUCUUUGGGGUAUAAAGCAAGCUAUCACUUCCAGUAAUGUGGUUACUGUUAUCGUCUCUUUACUUGAGAAGCCACUUGAAAAUUUAGAAUGCAAGGCAUUCUCUGAGGACGAUUGGAAACUUGUCCAACUGGUUCUGACUUUAUUUCGAAAUAUUCUGGCCGUGCAAGACAUCUCAGCUCACCAAAAGGCGUUAGGUUCUGCUACUAUAUAUAUAUCCUUGCGAGAUGACUUUCUUGACCUAUUGUUUAGAGAAAAUGUUAUGGAUUUGAUUAUAAUCAUAACUCAGCAUGUUGGUUCUUGUCGCUAUCUUCGGCAUGAUAACUUUCUCUUGCUAGAAAUAUAUUAUCACAUAUUCAUGGGUCAGGAUCCGGAGUUGAUUGCUAAAAUUUGUCUGGAGGAAUCAAAGGUAGAUGAAGAAGCCAAACCAUGUCUUGAAAGUCUCAGAUGUAUAAUGCAAGAGGAGACAGAAAAGAGAAAGCUUACUAGAUCGCAUGCUACCCGGCACUCAAAGUUUAGUGGAACCUUUACACGACUUACUUUGGAUGGUUCUAAGACAAUGUGCAAAGGAGUGCCUAGUUCUGCUUGUGAUAAAUUACUAAAACCAGAGAAAGUACACCGUGGUCGAUUGAAAAGGAUUGUGAAAGAUUAUGUCCGACUGCCCACAAUGAAAAGAAGCAUCUUGGAGAGACUUCAUGACUUUAUUGGCCAGUUUUUAUCUGGGGGAUACAAUGUGCUGAUGCAGUUAGUUGCCCAAGAUAUUGAGAAGGAGCACGAUGAUUUACAAACCAGUGACGUUCACAUGUUCUUUCACCUUGCUCAGUUUGCUACAUGUUUUCAAUUUCAUAAAUUCCAAUCGACAAAGUCAAAUUCAAAUGCAGAUGUCAACACUGAAUUUUCUGUCAGUGAUGAUGAUGAUAGCACAUUGUUUAAAGGUGAAUUAUGUGGGCCCAUCGCAUCAACCUUGAAUGAUUCAAUGUUUGGAUUAGUAAUAGCAAAGUGGCAAUUUGCUUUUGACGGGUUGAAGGAAAUAAAGAACAAUGCAUUUCUUUCAGUUGCUGGAUCCCUUUUAAAAAUUAUGAUCCGGAUGUUGGAUUUGGUGCUCAAGAUGAUGCCUGAAAAAUCUAGGGAACCACAAACUGCUCGUACAAUACUUUAUAAGCUGUUCUAUGAUCAAACUGAUCAAGGGUUGACUCAAUUUCUUUUGAAUAUGUUUAGAUCAUUCAAUGCUCACAAACAACCUAAAAGUGAUCUUGCAGAUUUGGUUGAGAUAUUACAUGUAGUUAUAAGGCUUAUGGAGAAGCUGCAAACUCAUGGCAAAUUAAGGGUUGCCAAAAAAUCCAGAAAGGCAAAGAAGAAACAGGACAUGAAAAAUAGAGAAAACAAAACUGUUGGAGAUGAUGCCACCAUACUGAAUGAGAUCCAGUCUUUAGGUGCUAAAAAUCUUCCUCCUGCUGUUGAUCAUUGUGAUAAGGAAGGGUCAGCAGAGGCACUCUAUGAUGAGCAAGAAGCGAAUACUGUUAGUCAACUUGACAAGAUAAAAAUAUCUAGAGACAAGAGACAAGAUUCAACUUUUAGUCUUCCAGUGGGUGAUCUUGAGAAUUCUCAUCCAAGUUAUGAUCAACUAGGAGAUGAAGAAUAUAAUAAAAUUGGCGAGUCACGGAGGGAUGAAGAAUCUAAUCAAAUUCACGUGUCACGAAGGGACGAAGAAUCUAAUCAAACUCAUGAGCCACUUAGCAACCAUGGUAAAGCCAGUCAAACUAAAGACGGCGAUGUUAUUAAUGGAGGAGAUGAUUGUGAUUCCUCUGCAGAUGAACAACACACUGUAACAAAUGAAGUUGAUUUUAACAUGACCCCUUUACUACUAUCAUUGGCAAAUAGUGCCAUAAUCAGUAACCUCUGUUGGUUACUUAAGUUUUACAAGAGCAAUUCCAUUGCUACAAACCACUACAUAUUGUGCUUGCUUAAGAGGGUAUCAGAUGAUUUGGAUCUUGCUCCCAUGCUAUAUCAGCUGUCCUGCCUUGUCAUAUUUUAUGAUAUCCUAAACGAGCAGAAGGCAUGCCCAAAUAAAGAAUAUCAGAACAUUGUCCACUUUUUGACUACUUUUGUAAGGAGGAUGAUGAGGAAAAUGAAGGAUCAACCACUUCUUUUUGUGGAUUUGUUAUUUUGGAAGACACGCAGAGACUGCCAGUACAUCAAUGUUGAGUAUAUCCGACAUGAGGUUAGUGGAUUCCAGAAAGGAGUUAGGAAAUGGGAACAUGCUGAUGAAACUGACCCAUCACAAAGCAAAAAUGGCGUAAGGAAGAGCUUUGCAGAUGCCCUCGGGGAUGAUGAAUAUGAUGUUAUCCUUCCCAAUCAACAUUUUCUCGAGAAGGACGAAGACGAAGCUGCGGGAGACGCCACUUACGUUAAUGAUCCUGGGAAUAAGGCCAUAAAAGAGAACUGUGUGGAGGAUGAUCUUCAAGGGAUCAUAAAAAGGAAGAGAAGAUUGGUUCUCAAUGAUAAGCUAGAGGAAGACAUAAAGGGGCUUUAUGAGAAGUACAAGGACAACCCAAAUUGUACUCAGUUGAUUGCAGAAUCUCUUGAUCCUGAUGGAAAUAUCUCUCUUGCCCAAGUUUUUCGCACGUGUAAGAAACUAGGAUUACAACUUCCGUCAAAAAAGAGCAGCAACAUUGCCUAUUUACCUAAUGAUAUCAAUCAAGACGAAAAUGGAAAACCGGAAAUAGGCAUUACUCUUCAAGACUCAAAUCACCGAGACAGAUCCUCCGACUUAGGGAGACCAAUGAAGGUUAGAAAGAGAGGCCGUGCUAUCAAUGAAAAUCAGGAGCUGAAAAUUAGAAGCCUAUUUGAGCAUUUUAAAGAUCAUAAUAGGUGCAGUCACAUGAUUGCAAAAGCGCUUGACCCGAAUGGAACAGUGACAGCAGUCCAAGUGUCCCGUAAACUUAAGAAACUUGGUUUGCACACUUCUCGAAUGAGAAGUAAACCAAACAAGCAAAAGAUGGACGAUGUUUCUACAGAUGACGAGGAUGAUUUAGAUAAUCAACCUUUGUCUUUGCUCAGGAAAAGGAACAAAAACGAAGACACUUCAUCUAAAGAGCAUUUGGGCAGUUCAAACUAUAAUCACUCAUCAAGGUCUCAUUCAGAUGACGAACAAUUAAUUAGCUCCAUUUUAAAAAAAUCUAGAACAUCAAAAGACAAGGUAGCAGAUGCUUCAACUAAUACAACAAAUACGGUUCGAGAAGAUACUAGGAACCAAUCUUCUGAAAGUUUAGAAGAAAGGGACAAACAAAAGGAAACCAAGGGCGUAAGUUCAGCACAUCAAGCUGCUAAGCUUAGUGAAUGGGAUGAAAGAAUUAAGUAUGACAGGCUGUCUGAUACUUCAGAUGGUGCCUCAGAUCAUGGCAGCCCUGGAAGCGAUGCACAAAAUGACGCUAUUCUUGACAGCGGUCGUAAGCGUAGAUCUCUUGCACUGGAUGACGAUGCCGGUACUGUGCAGCAUGAGCAUAAUUAUAGUGAAUUGGAAGAUUCAGGGGAUGAACAGGCACCUAGAACAUCACCUGAGAAUUCUCAAAAGAGAAGGAAGCUCAGGAUAGUGAUGGAUUUUGAUGACGAUGAGUAGUACUCUAUCCUACUUGCUUGCCAUCAAUGUAAAUUGGAUUUUGCUUAUGAUACAAUGUUCUGGAAGCAAUUUGCUCAUGAAAGAUAUCUGAAGUGAAACUAUUUUCAAUAGUACCGCCUUCAAUCCUGAUGCCGUCCUUUGUGUCACCAUAUAUGAAAACAAAAUAGAAAUUUGUUUUUGUGACAGGGGUUCGAUUUGCAUCAUUUAUAGAAAGAAUUAAUAUCAAUGUAACUUGGAUUUGUUUUUGUAGUUGGAGUUUAGAUCACACGUAGUAUGGAAAUGACCAACAAAAGUACGCAACAUAUAAGUAUGGGGUCGUUCCUCCUUUUCUUCAUGUUUGCUUUCUUGAUCAUUUUCCCUGCUUAAAUUGGGUUGGAAGUUCUACUUUUAGAACGGAGAUUGAACAAGUUGAACCAACAAAAGCAGCAAUGCUUUGAUGAAAUGAAAGAAUAUAUUCAGUUUUGAUGUUU